CUACAAAAUAAACAAAAGUUGUGAUAAUCGCUACGAGCCCAAUUUUAAACCAACGCAUGAAAAAGAUAACUUGAUUUAUAACAAACUUUUAAACGAUGUCUGUUUAUAUUAAGACCUGCACGGCGAAAUGUAGGGCUGUGGUAUAUUUCUAUUGAGUAAAGCGAAUGAAUUAGUAAAAGUCAAUACGACUGCUUUGCAAAAGCCAAUUGUGAUAUUUUAACAUUGCUAAUAAAUUUGAUUUAAUGUGAGGGCGUUUGCCUUAAUACAAAGUGUAAAUUGAGUUAAUUGACAAAUGGAUUCCAGCUCACAGAGCGUCAAACUGACAAAUAGAUAAAUGUUAAUUCAGAUUUCCACGUGAAUUAACCAGAAUACGAAUAAAUCUGGUGCACCGUCUCGUAUAGAAACCUGCGCCACAGAAAGUGAUCACGUGAUAUAUAAUUGUGUUAUGUAAUUGCUUAAAUACAUGAAAUGACAGUAAUAUCUUUCGAUCUAUACGGAUAAAGAACUCCUCUUACUACAUUGAUAAAUAAAUAUCUUAAAACGGAAUACUCAAGUAUUGCACUAGAUAAACCUAUUCUUAAGUUGUGAAAGUGUUUUCGUAAUCUUGAUUAGCAACAUUGAUAUACGCACCGGAAUAUUGCGGGAAGUUGCAGGAAAUAUGGACGAGUCUUUACGAGAAGCUUGUACAAAAGUGUUUGCAAUGGUGGACGUGAAGGAGCGGGGAAGUAUAUCACGUGAUGAGCUGUUGUUGGGACUGCGCUUGCUAAACUGUAAUCCAGUCGACAGCGAGAUAUCUCAACGUCUUCAUAACAGCGCCACAGAACUCAAUUUCGAAGGCUUUCUGCGGUUUGUUUCGGAGACCAUUCAUUUGACGUCUACUAAGGACCAAAAAAGUGAGAUUCGUCAGGCACUGGCGCUGUUUGAUACCUCAAACACGGGUACAAUAGACAAGAGAUUAUUCGUGUCCAUACUCGCUCACCUGGGGGAGAUGAGGGUGGACGAGAAAGAGGCGCUCACUUGGGCGAACACACUUGAUACACACGGGGAUGGGCAACUGAGAAUUGCAGAACUUGAAGAACUGUUUGUCAAUGACGAAGACGUUCAUACCACACUAAACGGCACUCAACAAUGGGAAAUAGUGUAGUGUCAAACAUAUUCUUAUUUGACAACACUAUAAUAUUGCUCUAAUAUUAAUUUGGACAUAUGAUCACUAUUCUGUCUUUAAUGAUCAGCCCUAGUUUCAAAACCUGCGAAGACUGGCGAAGAUCUUUGUGUGAAACAUUAAAUUCGUCAAUGUAUUAAUGAUUACUUCGCUUGUAAUGCUUACCAUGCCGAUAUGGCAUAAGUCAUUAUCUGACAAUUUUCUCAAGCCAAUCGAAAUUGUCAUAUUUAACAAGAAAAACGAAGUUUGUUUGACAUAAGUAAAUUGGUCUAAAUAGCCAACACUGAUAUUGAUUGUUUAUGUUUCAAGUUGGCGACGAUUGCUAUGUACAAUACACCUCGAUAGAUGUC